AACUCCUCAUUGUGCCCAGAUGGAGGCCAUGGAGGUCGACUUCCCGGUGCAGCUGCGGGGAGGAGGCGUGGAACAGCCGGAGCAUGUUGCUACAGCUGCUGGUCCGGCUGAGGAAGCUGCUGCACCCAUACACGUCUCAGACUCCGGCAGCAGCACGGAGGUGGACGAGGAUGAAGAGGCUGACCGGGAUGAAGGACGAGCAGCAGCUCGGACUCUUCUCAGGCUCCCUGCCACCUGGGCGUUCAGUCAGAGGGUGGCAGGCGGAGCUGCAGCUGCACCCUCUGGGGCUCCGGGGACACCGAUGAGAAGACGACUCAGACAGGGUCUCAGGGUGCACUACCCCAGCCAGACCGCAGCACCUUCCAGAACUUUCCCAGACUUCCUGCUGCGGGCCCCCGCGGCCAGCGUCUCUCAGCCCCAGUCUGGCAGCACCACAGAGGCCAGCGAGUCCGAGGAUGAGGAGGAAGGCGCCGCCGCUGCUGCUGCAGAGCCCAGUGCGCCUGCACCACCCACUGCCCCCACCCAGCCACAGGAAACACAGCAUUCUGGCUCAGCUGUUCAAAGCGACAAGACUGAAGCUCAAAGACAGGACUCCCAGCCUGCUCCUACUCCGGUCCAGUUGCCUCACGGUGAGGACACUGAGGGGGACACCUGCACCAUUUGUCUGGAGGUGUGGACGACAGCAGGCGAACACAGACUCUCCGCUCUGCGCUGCGGACACCUGUUUGGUUACGCCUGCAUCCGCCAAUGGCUCAAAACCCAAGGCUCAGCUGCUAGGUGUCCACAGUGCAACAAGAAGGCCAAGCGGUCAGACAUCGUGCUGCUGUACGCCCCCAAGCUGAGAGCUCUGGACAACUCUGAGCAGGAGAGCUUAAAGAAAUCUCUGGAGCAGGAGCAGUCUCUGAGGAGGAAGGCUGAGCUGGAGUCAGCUGAGUACAAACUCAAACUGCAGGUCGUCACCAACAAAUACGGACAGGCACAGCAUGAGCUGCAGGAGCUGAGGGUCUUGAUGGCCCAGACAGGCCGGAGUUCACUUCCCUUCACCUCCUCUUCCUCGUCAAGCUGCAGCUCCUUCGGCUCGUCUCAGAAGGUGGACGGCUUCAGGACGGCCCAGUACAGCUUCUCCAGGGCGGUGCUACUGUCUCACGCUGGAGGCUGCAGGGUUUUGUCCUACUGUGAGCCUCUGAGCUGCCUGCUGGCCUCCCAGCCCUCCCCUCAGGCCACGCUGGUGCCCGGUUGUGGGGUGAAGAAGGUGAGCAUGGUGAACAUGAAAGCCAGUCAGUACGUUCCCAUCCACAGUAAACAGAUCCGAGGCUUGUCCUUCAACAGACAGAACGACAGCCUGCUCCUGUCUGCUGCACUGGACAACACCAUCAAGCUGACCAGUCUGCUGACCAACACGGUGGUUCAGACGUAUAACACAGGUAAACCAGUGUGGAGCUGCUGCUGGUGUCUGGACAACACUAACUACGUCUAUGCCGGUCUGAGUAACGGCUCGGUGCUCCUCUACGACACCAGAGACACCAGCACAUACAUCCAGGAGCUCCAGCCGCUGCGCUCCAGGUGUCCCGUAGCGUCUCUCUGCUACGUGCCACGAGCAGCGUCCAGCUCUUUCCCCUGCGGGGGUCUAAUCGCCGGCUCUCUGGAGGGGGCCUGCUUCUGGGAGCAGGUGAACGAGACCAACUACAGACCACAUAUUCUGCCGCUGGAGUGCGCCGGCUGCACCGACAUCCAGGUGGAGACGGAGAGCAGACACUGUCUGGUCACAUACAGACCAGGACGCUCCAACCCGUCCCUGCGCUGCGUCCUGAUGGCCCUGACUCGAUCCCCUCAGCAGGACUCCAUCCACCUGCCAACCUGCUCCUGCUCACCCGUGCAGACUUUCACCGCCGGCUCGUCCUGUAAGUUGCUCACCAAGAACUCUGUCUUCAAGAGUCCGGAUGGGAACGGGACCCUGGUCUGUGCCGGGGAUGAGGCGUCCAACUCCGCCAUGGUGUGGGACGCCAGCAGUGGCUCCCUGCUGCAGAAGCUUUCAGCUGACCUCCCGGUGUUGGACAUCAGCCCCUUAUCUGUGAACAACGAGCACUUCCUGGCCUCUCUGACAGAGAAGAUGCUGAAGCUCUACAGGUGGGAAUGAGCCCGGUGGUCUCAGGGUGUUCUGUGAGAAUUUGCUCGCUGCUAAACAGAGAUUAUUGUGAUGCGGGGUUUACCACGGCGUGAAAUCUCAGGAUGACCUCUGCUCCUCAAGCUGAGCAGAAACAUCUAAGGGAGCGCUCAGUCCUGCCACAACUAGACUGAAAGUUCAGCUUCUAGAAAUCAUGGUUCUGGUUUCUGCAGCUUUCUGCAUCACACUGAAACAUAUUAAAACUGCUGAGUCGUUUGUUCCUCCUUUCAUGACUCAGAGACUUUUAAAAUGUUGGGAUGUUUUGGAAACCUGGUGUAGGCUCACCAAUAAAUCCAUCGUUACUCCAGUUGUUUGAGGGCUGACUUAACUUUUUAAAACUUGUGAGAUCUCCACUGAAAUGAUGUUUUCACUCUGAAUCAUCUGUUUUGGAUUUUUUAUUUUUCUCCCCCAUCCAGGUGGAAGUCAAAUGUGUUGAUGGAAAUGUAAUAUUUUUUUAACAAAGUUGUAAAUAUGUAUAUUUGUUACCAACUGUUUGUGUACAACCUCAGCUUUAAUAAAAAUGGAGUUAUUGUUUAA